UCAUGGCGUCGUGACGUAAGUGUAGAAAGAAAGAGGGAAAUCCAAACACAGGGUGACAGUCCGAACAGUCCUGUAAACAUCUGUAAACUUCAGACCUGUUUGAUUAGUGCGCGACUGGGGACAUAUCUUUAGCGUUAACACCGUGUAAAUUGAAUAUAGUUAAGUUUAUUUCAGUCAAGCUUGCGUAAAGCAUAUUGCCUAAAGUUGCUAUGUAGCUUAGCUACUAGCAGCUAAGUUAUUCUUCGCUUAAAACGGAUUAUUUUUAUUAUUUACGAACAGAAAAUGCAAAGAAUUUCUCGUUUAAAGCGCGAGCUUCAGAUGCUGAGCACUGAGCCUCCUCCAGGAAUCACUUGCUGGCAGACAGAGGACAAUGUGAACGAGCUCCGGGCACAAAUAGUUGGUGGGUCCGGAACUCCAUAUGAAAGCGGAGUCUUUUCACUGGAAAUCAAAAUCCCAGAGAGGUAUCCAUUUGAACCUCCAAAUAUCCGCUUCAUUACUCCCAUCUAUCAUCCAAAUAUUGACAACUGUGGUCGGAUUUGUCAUGAUGCUCUCAAACUCCCUCCUAAGGGAGCUUGGAAGCCAUCCCUGAACAUCUCUACAGUUCUCACCUCCAUUCAGCUGCUUAUGGCUGAACCAAACCCCGAUGACCCUUUGAUGGCUGAUAUCUCCUCCGAGUUUAAAUACAACAAACAACUGUUCUCUGAGAAAGCCAAGAAAUGGACCCUUGAGCAUGCAGUUCAUAAAAACGAAAGUUCCUUGGAAAACAAAAACAAGCCUGAAGAUCAGAAAACUCAUUGCAAGAGAGAGGCUCUCACUGCACAUAAUACAGAGGAACCUGCAAAGAAAACAUUUAGAAACUUAUAAAAACACAUUUCUGAUCCAGCAAUCUUUUCUUUUUCUUAAGUAUAAUUUUUUUCUGUUUAGUGUCCAUAUUUAAUGAUUAUCUUGUGAUACUAACAUGUUUUAUUGUGUCUGUUUUGAUUAAUAAAAGUACUUCUGCAGUUGGCUUUUAAA